AUGGAAAAAUCUAAUAAAGAUUAGUAGAAGGAGCUAAAAAAGAAGGAAAAGGAAGAGGCUCUUGAAAAACAAACCAAUGAGGAGUUCACACAAAAAAAGUAGAAGGCGUAAUCUGCUGGGUAAUAUCCUUUCCUUUUAAAUCAAGAGUAUUCAAUAAUAUAUAGUGGAGAUUUGAUGAAAUUAUUGGGUGUGUGGCUUGACAAUCCUCCAUUUAAAUCAUCAAAUACUGCAUUAAAGAUUGAGACCUUCUUCGCUAUUAUGAGUUGCCUGGGCCAACUUAAAUAGGACUAAAUUGAUAAAAUAGCAAAUUAAACUACUACUGGACUUGACACAAAACAGGCAAUAACUUUAACAAAGUAUAUCUUCAGAGCAUUCGAGUUAUUAGACAAAAAGGAUUAGAUUCAGCUUAAGAUUCAAGAAAGAUAUGGACAAAGCUCUAUUUUGAAAGCAGGCUUCGAAAGAUAUCCAAUUUGCUGA